AUGAGUCCGAGGGACUCUCCAAGCGAUCGACGUCAGUCACGAUCUUCGAUCGAGCCAUCUACGCCCCUAAGAAGUAGCUUCAACCAACCAGACUCCCUCGACAUUGGCGUGUUUGCUAGCGGAGGUGUCGGUGGUGAGUCGGGCUUGGGCAACCUCGCGGACGAGCUGGCCGAUGCAUUUUCGGAUUCGGGGGACGAGGGCGACUACUACGAUGACGGGGAGGCCGGCAUAACAUUCUCUGUCCACGAGCACGAGGAGGAUGUACACCCAGAGGAUAUCCGAGACAGCGGAGUCGAUGUGGUUGACUCUAUGCCAGACAAAGCGAGUAUGAACUUGGGGCUCCCCUUGCCGUAUCGGAGGGGACACCGCCGGGCAGGAAGCGAGUACGAUGGGAGUGAAUAUGGAUCCGAGUCGGACCUUGACUCACCGGGGAUGCCAACGAGCCUAGUGUCUAAAAUCAGCGCCGUGGAAGCUCUUGCCCGCAGAGGUACGGAGACAACGGGCGGCCCCUCUGAUGGUGUAUUCCAGCGUGUCACCGAUGGGCUGAGGGACCUCGGCCCUCAGACGGGCGUGGAGAGUAGCGCAACGAGGUUGAUCACCGCCCAUUCCGCUCUUACUACUCACCUUACGCAUCAAACGCGGCAACUUCAAACCCUAGCCUUUCCGCUACUUUCGCCCUUCGUCGCCCCGCCAGACCCGGAAACAAUCGACUCUCUCUUGCCCUUACUUAUAUCCCUAUCUGAGGACAUGCCCCGGCCCUCGACUGCCGCAUUCAAUUCGCUGACCGCGCUUCAUUCAUUGACCUCGGACCUGAUAAAUACACUAAAUUACCUAUCCGACACCUUGCAUAUGUCCCGUCAAACAACAACUACCGCCACGCGUCGACUAAAAAGCGCGAAGGAGUUGGUCGCUGAGAUGCGACGAGAGGAUGAGCUUCGCGAAGAGGGAGAGCAGUGGAUCCAGCGAGGGAAUUGGAGUCAACGCCUAGAGAACAGGGAAUGCGCGACCGUCUGCGGUGAGGUCGUGGGUGGGUUCGAGGAGGUUUGUAACGGCUGGCGAGCGAGGCUGCUGGCACAAGCGGAAUCUGCUCAGGCUUAA